AUGACUCAGAUUGGCAAGCCCCACACUGUUCCGUGCAAAGUGACAGGCCGCUGUGGCUCUGUGUUGGUGAGUCUCAUCCCUGCCCCCAGAGGCACUGGCAUUGUCUCUGCUCCUGUGCCUAAGAAGUUACUGAUGAUGGCCAGUAUUGAUGACUGUUACACAUCAGCCAGGGGCUGCACUGCUACCCUGGGAAACUUUGCCAAGGCCACCUUUGAUGCCAUCUCCAAGACCUACAGCUACCUGACCCCCAACCUCUGGAAAGAGACUGUGUUCACCAAAUCUCCUUAUCAGGAAUUCACUGACCAUCUUGUGAAAACCCACACCAGAGUGUCUGUUCAGAGGACCCAGGCUCCAGCUGUGGCCACCACAUAAGGGGUU